AUGCGAGUACGGGCCCGAAAACACUUGUUCGAUGUUUUCCAGAACCUUGUCCAUGAACAACAUAUCAGCGCGUCGGACCGCGUACACGAUAUAACGGUGGAGCUGCACGCUCUGGGACUUGUUCACGUCGUCGCACAGCAGCAGCAUGGCCAGCGUCCGGCGGCCGACCGACUCGGCACCCGACGUCCAGGAAGGGAACUGGCUCUCGGGUGCAGGACCGUCGUACUUGGACAUGAGUCGAGCCUCUUGGCCGCUGCCGCUCCCGAAGGCUUCUUUGAGUAUCUCAACAUAACUAGACGCGACGGGAUAGGCCAUGCCAGAUAUGGUAACGCGGUCAAGCAAAAUCUCAAUGGUUGUUGGGGACACAAUGCGCUUCCAGUUGCGCCACAUGUCCAGCGAAGGAUCGGUGGCUGCGCCCGUUGGUGGGCCCGGGCGGACCUGUGUGUUGCGCUGCUUCGCGUUCACUGUGCUGCUGUCCAGCUUAGCAUCGAUGUCAGACGUGUCAGGAUCGCGCAGGCGGGGCGGUGCCCGGAGGCUGGCACAAUCCGCAACUGCACCGCGCAAACCGAGUUCUGUCAUGUUGACUUCGACGCUACGUACAUAGCCAUUGUCAUCCUCGUCGAAUGGCUCCACAGUUCGCUUGCGAAGAUACGUUAA